UUGGAAAAGCAGAUGAUGUAUGUAAAGUCCUUGAGAAAAACAUGAGGGAACAACUUAAUACAGUAAAAACAGCAGUUGAAGAAGCAACCAAGGACUUUGAACAGUGUCUCGCAGAAGGGAUUAAAAAUUUCAUAACCUCUGAAAAAAAACUGAAGACCUUUUUGGAUCGUAAAGAGCCCAGUUUUUUCAGCACACUACAGGCUGUAGUUAAGAAGGACGGCAUCCACACAACAAAACGCGGGGAGCAAAUAGACCUCAACAUGAUGUUGGCUUCAUGCCUGACUGACAGCAUUGAUAAAAAGUUCAGAGAGACCUUCCCAAAUGACAUUAAAUGUGGAUCAUUCAAAGGAGUCAUAAGCAGGUUUUCACUUGGCACCAAUUCACUGAUUCAAAAAUACAAUGAUGUCGAACUACAGCUGAUAUUUCUUCAGACACAGGAGGACAAAAUGAAGGCUCAAAUGGAGAAAUUCAUCCUGAAGCAGAAGAAGAAAAUCUACACCAGUCUAACAGAGACAGUUAAGGAAAACAUGACAAAAUGUUACAUUGAAGUAAAAGAAGUUGAGGGAACUGGAGCACUGGAAAACAUGAGGAAGACUAUUGAGAGACAUGUGUACUCAAAUAAGAAAUGUAUGAGGAGGCAAAAAAGACCAUGUUGAUGAAGAUGGAUGCAUUGAAGAAAGUCAUGCUGUUCACGCUCCAGAAAAUCAUGAAGGAAGCCAUUGAAUUCUCACUGAAGACUGCUGCCUACUCACUCCAGG